CUGUACUUUCAUUUUAAUAGUCAUUACGACACAGUGGAUAUCUAGCCUUGAAAACUUAGAGACAUCAAGACUACAACAAAGGGAAACUAAACACAAGGUUUUUCAUACAUGUUCUCCCAUUGAGUCUUCAAUGACAUGGCGACAUCUCUGCCUGACGAUCUGCUCCCCAUCAGACGCACCAAAAGCUUUGAAUUCCUUCCACCUUACAUGUCUGAGCUGAGGCUGGUUCUGCUGGGGAACAGCUGGUCUGAGAGAAGUUCUGUGGGAAACCUCAUACUGGGAAGGGCCGUGUUCAACACUGAUCUAGAAUCAGGCCAGUGUCUGAGGGCCAGAGUACAGUUUAAUGAGAGAGAAAUCAUCCUCAUCAACACCCCAGACCUUCUGCAUCCAAACAUCUCAGAUCACAAACUGACCGAGUCUAUAGGAAACUGUGUGAGACUCUCUGAUCCUGGACCUCACAUCUUCCUGCUGGUUCUGCAGCCUGACGUCUUCAGUGUGGAGCAGGAACUGAGGCUCUGCAGGGUCCUUCAGCUCUUCAGUGAUAAAUCUUUUCAUCAUUCGCUGGUACUAAGAGCAGCACCCAGGGCAUCUAGCCAGCAAAUGUGCUCUGCUCCUUUAGAUGACUUCAUUAGAAGAUGCAAACACAAGCCACUGAGGCUGAAAGACGUUAAGUUGUCCGAGUUGAUGAGAAGCUUGGAUCAAAUUGUAGAAAGAAAUAAUCAUAAGCAUCUAAGGUGUGAUACCUGGAGCAUGAAGCAUGACACUCUCUCCAAGUCAGACUCUCCUGUUCAUGAUUUCAGGAUUGUGCUGUUUGGAAAGAUCAACCAUAUUAAAAAACUUUCCAAUUUUAUGAAGGAAAAAACCUUAGACUUCAGAAAACUAUUAAUUGAAACUAUAGACAUCUUCAGUUUGUCAGUGCAAGCACUGAGAGAAGACAUUAGGAACUGUGUGGCUCGUUGCCAUCCUGGACCAAACGUUCUGCUGCUCAUAGUGAAACACGAUUUCACUGAGGAGAACAGAAAAACACUGAAGUUCAUGCUGAGUUUGUUUGAUCAAGAUGCUUUUAAACAUUCUCUGGUCGUUAUCAUGAACGAGGAGAAAGAAUCAAGCUCCUCUGUGAAUAAGCUUCUUCAGGAAUGUGGAGGACGGCAGUACAACAUGUCAGACAAUAACCAUCAACAGCUGAUGGAGCUGAUCCACAAAACUGUGUGUCAAAACAAAAGAUCAUUUCUCACUAUGACCGAUGAUGAGAAAGUAAGACCAGAACCUGAGCCCAUUGGACCAGUUCUGAACCUGGUUCUGUUUGGUAGUAGAGCAGCAGAGAAGACGUCAGCAGCUAAGGCCAUUCUGGGUCAGACUGAGCUGGGUUCAGCCUCCAGCUCCUCCCAGUGUGUUAAACAUCAGGGAGAGGUGUGUGGACGUCGGGUUUCUCUGGUGGAGCUGCCUGCUUUGUCUGAAAGAGCUCCGGAGACAGUGAUGGAGGAAUGGUUCAGGUGCGUCUCCCUCUGUGAUCCGGAGGGCGUCCAUGCCUUCCUCCUGGUCGUACCCGUGGCUCCCCUCACCGAUGAAGACAAGGCAGAGAUAGAAAGCAUCCAGAACACGUUCAACUCUGGAGUUGUUACCUUCACCAUGAUCCUGUUCACUGUGGACUCAGAUCCUACACAUCCAGCUGUUGGUGACUUUGUCAGAGGAACCAGAGACCUCCAGGAGCUGAGUCAGACAUGUGGAGGAAGAUGCUUUAUUCUCAACCUCAGGGACAAGCAGCAGAUCCCUGAUCUGAUGGAAGCUGUGGAGAAGAUGACAGCUAACAGAUCCAAAUGCUUCACCAAGGAUGCUUUCACCAGAGGUCUUAUAGAGAAAGUUACAAAUCUAACACAACUACAGAAGGUGAAACACAGCAGAGAGACUGAGAUAAAAAAUGAAAAUCAGCAGAGUGACUGUCUCAGGAUGGUUUUGAUUGGAAAGACCGGCAGUGGAAAGAGUGCAACUGGAAACACGAUCUUGGGCAGAAACAUGUUUCUCUCCAAAGCCUCUCAGAUAUCAGUGACCAGAUUUUGCAGGAAGGCUUCAGGACAGAUUAAUGGACGACGCGUCACUGUAGUCGAUACUCCUGGUUUGUUUGACACAUCCCUUUCUGCUGAUGUGGUUCAACGGGAGCUUGUAACGUGCAUCAACAUGUUGUCUCCUGGACCUCACGUGUUCCUACUGGUUCUGUCGAUCGGUCGGUUUACAGAGGAAGAAAAAGUAGCUGUGGAAAUGAUUAAGAGGAUGUUUGGUAAAAACUCAGAGAAGUUCAUCAUUAUUACUUUCACCAGAGGAGAUGAUCUAGAAGAUACAUCAAUCGAAACUUACAUUGAGCAAGACUGUUCUGACUUUGUAAAACGUCUAAUAAAAGACUGUGGAGGUAGAGUCCAUGUGUUCAACAACAAAGACAAAACAAACCGCACACAAGUCAUUGAGCUGCUGAACAAGGUUGAUGUGAUGGUGCAGGAAAACGGUGGCGGCUGCUACACCACGGAGAUGUUCCAAGAAGCCGAGUCAGCCAUACAACGGGCAGUAGAAAAAAUACUGAAAGAGAAGGAAGAAGAAAUGCAGAAAGAGAAAGAGGAGCUGGAACGGAAACAUGAGGAAGAGAUGAACAAUGUUAAAAGAAACAUGGAAGAACAAAUAUCUAAAAUAGAAACAGAGAAAGAACUGAUUGAGAAUCAGUUAAAGGAAAAGGAGGAAAAAAUGAACAGGGAGCGUGAGGAGAGAGAAAGAGAACGAGAAAAGAGGGAAGAGGAAGAUAGAAAGAAAAAUGAAGAGGAAGAAGUUCAGCGGCAGGAGUGGAAACAAAAAUGUGAAACAUUAGAAAAACAAAUAUCAGAGUCACAGUCGAAGGAAGAACUGAUCAGAGAACUGGAGAUUCACAAAGAACAGCUGACAAAAGAGAGAGAAUCCUGGGAGGAAGAAAGGACGAAGUGGUGGAAUAACAGAGACAGAGAAAACAUAGAGAGACAAGAGCAGGAACAAAAAAGAAUCAAGAAGCUGAAGGAGGAAUAUGAAGAGAUAAUAGAGAACUAUCAAAAACUGAUAAGGGAUUAUUGCAUCAAAAUGAAACAAAACGAAAAAGAGAAGAAAACACUGGACACCAGCUACAAAGGGAAACUGAAGGAAAUGAAAGAGAAAUACGAGGAGGAAGCUAGAAAUCAAGCUGAAGAAAUAAAUGAGUUCAGACAGAAAUACACUAAAGACUUUGAAGCUCUCAUAGAAAGAUAUGAUGAGGAACUAAAAGACCUGAGACAAAUAUAUGAGAAACAGAAAGAAGACGACUAAAAAGAGUAUAAGCUCCUGCAUGAGCUUACCGCUCACAAAGAGGAACAAAUGAAAGCAGAAGUAAAGGAACUUAAGAACAAACAGGAAGAGGAAAUAUACAGAUUAAAAAAGAAACACGCAAACUGUGUCAUUUCCUGAUGAGACUCAUCAAGUUAAACAAUUACUCACCUCUUUAAUACCAUGGACCAGAACCAUCACAGCAAAACAUCAACAACAGAGGAUUCAAUGUGAAGAAGAACAUUACACUGAAAAAAACAAUCAGGCCUAAAACUUUACGUAAUUUAAUUACAUGUAAAUUUUCCAUGUAAUUUUAUCACAUAAAUACUAGGUAAGAGGUGACAGUUUAUGUAAACUCUUUCAGUCAGGUUAGGGUUAUGCCAUUAAAUAAAGGAUUAUAUAAAGUUAUUGCAAUUUUACACAUAAAACUAAUGUUUGUGUGAAAUAAUUACAUAAAACAAGGUCAACAUGAAGUCAUACUUCAUUGACUCCUUUGAGGAAAUCAUGUUAUCUGUAUCUGAGCUGCUUGCUCACGGGAGGUGAGCAACAUA